AUUUUUAAGAUGGUUUUUGUUGGGGCAGAUGCAGGUCCAAAGAAAGACUGGCUAGAAGACACCGAGACGGCUCACACAGACUCAGUGGCCCCGGAAGGCACAGCCUUGGAGGCACGGGCUGUGCCCAGUGACGCCUGGAUUGGACCUGAUGACUCCACUCUGACCGACGGUCCCAAACUCUCUGUCUGCAUCAAGGCUCAUUCUCCCGCCCCUCCCAGUACGGAUUUCUGUAGCCCUUUCUGCCCUGUGGUCAGAAUCUCUACUAAAAGCAGAGCCUGGAUUUAAGGAAAAUAAAGACAUUUAAUUCUGCAGACGGCAGAUUCUGCGACAGGAGGUUGGUUUGUUUGAAAGGAAACAGUGCUUCCUGCCCGGCCUCCCGCAGCCGCGCCGCCGCCAUGAACGACAUGGUCACCAUCCGGACCCGGAAGUUCAUGACCAACCGCCUACUCCAGCAGAAGCAGAUGGUCAUUGAAGUCCUUCACCCUGGGAAGGCCACGGUCCCCAAGAUGGAGAUUCGAGAGAAGCUUGCCAAGAUGUACAAGACCACUCCAGACGUCAUUUUCGUGUUUGGAUUCAGAACCCAUUUUGGCGGUGGCAAGACAACCGGCUUUGGGAUGACUUACGAUUCUCUGGACCACGCAAAGAAAAACAAGCCCAAACACAGACUGGCAAGACACGGCCUGUAUGAGAAGAAAAAGACCUCACGCAAACAGAGAAAGGAACGCAAGAACAGGAUGAAGAAAGUCAGGGGGACCGCCGGCAAAAAGUGA